AUGUGGAAAAAAGAAUGCGUUUUCUCUCGUGCAGCAAUUGCUGUUCUUAUGGAUGAGGCGCUCAAAAACAGUCGCAUUUGCGAUUUCCUCUCCCUUACUUUUCCUCCCCCCUUUCAUCCCGACACCAGGAACAGAAAGGUCGUUGUGGACGUCAACGACGUCUCGGUGGCAGUGGAAGACGAGACGCAGGGUUGGGAAGAGGAAGAUGGGAGUAGGGCGAGCAAGAAAGAGGCAGUAUUUGCAGCGGGUGCUGCAAAAAACCAGGACAUGAUUUAUGUAGAGGAGGCGGAGGGGAGAGGGGAGAGGAAGGAGGGGAAGGAAGAAAGGGACAGGAGGAGGGGACCCAAAGCCUGCACUGUUUUAACUCUAUCGUAG